AUGAAAAAAGAAGAUAAUACAAUAUUCUAUAACGGAAGAAAGGAUGAAAGACAUGAAAAUGGUGUGAGAUUUAUAGUGAAUGACGAUACACUACCACAAGUAAAAGGAUUCACGGCAGUGAAUGACAGGUUAUGCUAUAUUCGAAUCGCUGGUCCCAUUUUCGAUGUUAUUAUAAUAAACGCAUAUGCGCCAACUGAAGAGAAAGAAGAAUAUCUUAAAAAUAAAUUCUACGAUGAUUUAGAGAAAAUAAUUGACACAACAACAAACAGCUGUAUCAAAAUACUAAUAGGUGAUUUUAAUGCAAAAAUAUGGAAGGAGGAUAUGUACAGACCCACGAUUGGACUGAAUGACUUACACGACGUAAGUAACGAUAAUGGAACCAGGUUGAUCAAUCUGUGUUUAGCAAAAGGAUUUAACCUUAGUAGUACAUACUUCACAAGGAAGGACAUACAUAAACAAACUUGGAUAGCACCUAGUGCAGCGUCUCUCAAACUGUGGGUCGCGACCCCCUAG